GCUAAGCAGGAAGAUGGAGCUUAUCUGUCAGAUUCGUGCUUUUGAGUCAGUACCUCUCGUCAGACAAAAGUUUGUGGAUGACACUGAGACUGCGGGUCAUGAUUUGCUGUGUGAGAUGUCUUUGGCGGAGCUGCGGGAGCGUUUGGCAGUCCUGAGUGAGUCAGAGCAGUGUGAGCUGGAGGACAAGAGACAGCGCAUCUUUCAGGAGAAACAGCUCAAAGAGCAGCUACUGCUAGAACAGCUGGAUAAUAUCGCUCUACAAAGAAGUCAGGCAGAACAGGCUGCUUUGCGCAGUCAAGAAGAGAAAAGAAUGAGAAGUGAACUGCGGGAGGCUGUCAGUAGAGAUGAGAGAGUGCUGGCCCUACAGAAGACCCUCGAGCAGAAACAACAGGAAAGACAGAAAAGAAAGACAGAAAAAAACAGUAUGAAGAAAAAUGAGCAGGUGCUUCCACUCAGAGUGAAGACCACCCUCAACAAAAAGCAGGUUCUUGAGGAACAGCACUGGCAGGAGUUGGAGCACAAUUUCGAACAACAGAUUUACAGGACCUUUCAGCAGUCAUCUAAAAAAAUUGGUGCUGGUCAGAACCACAGGCGAGUUUUCUGAUAGGCACAUGUCUCUUGUGAAUGCAAAAUUACUUUUCUUGAAAGAGUAUAAGAAACUGAUAUUGUGAAAAUAUUUGUAGGCAUUAUAUAAAAAUAAAUAUGAACAAUACUUGGUAUAAAGCAUGUUAUCCAAGUUGCUUUUUAGGUCACCUAGCACAGGCCUGGCUGAUGUUACCAAAGAAUUUGGGAUAAAAAGCAGAUUUACUCUUGAGAGAACAGUGUUUUGCUGUGGAAAUAAAACACAAUGAUUGCAAGAG